AUGGACCGAUGGGUUGGAGAAGAUGUUGGUAGACCUUCUCUGCCACGAGACAGUCGAUGGAAAAUUGGUUGGGUCGAAAAUCACCUACCGAGAUAAUGUCAGACUUGCAAUGAAGAUGACUGAACUUGGGAAGAAGACAAUUGAUGCGGCACAAAUAAGAGGAAAAAUUACUCACCUGCGACAAAGGCAACGACUGUUCACUGAUCUCAUGGGUCAAACAGGAAUGGGUUGGAACCCAGAAACGAAAACCGUAAUUGCCACUGAGGAGCAUUGGGCUAAUGCAAUACGGGUGCAAAGCAAAUGGAGGAGGUUCAAGACGAAUGGAUGUCAAGAUUACGAUCUUCUCUGUACGAUUUUCGGUCAGUCUGUGGCCACAGGGGUCCUUCAUUAUGCCUCAACACAAGAACCCCCCACCUAUGAGGAGGAAGAUCGCCUUGAGGAGGCGCUGAGGGCACGGGGCCCUGUACUGGGAACUGCCACGGACACGCCCAUUGACUUAGAUGAGGUGGACAUAAACAUAGAUGGGCUGGCGCGUAGACAGGCAGGGAGUACUCGUCGCCGCAGAAGGGAGCCGCCUCGGAGUGGCAUUUCCCCAGAACUUAGCAAAGCUAUAGAAGUUAUGGCCGCCAGUGCAGCCGCAAGAGCUGAGCUAGACCAGAAGAUGUUCGAAGAGCAUUGUAGUAGAAAGCGUAGUAAAGGAGAAGAAGAAUCCGAUCAGACUGCAUCCGUUUCAUCAUCUUCUAUGGCAAGUAAAUGUGUUAAGUUUCUAAAUGACAUCAACCCACCCCUGUCUAUGGAUCAUUAUGGGCUGGUAGCAGGGAUUUUGAUGCAUAAGGAUGCGCAGGAGUUCUUCCUUACAAUGCCACCAGAACGCAGAAUUGGUUGGAUCCACGGGUUGAAGUGAUGUAGCGUAGGACAAUGCUACAUUGAGUUUAUCUUGUUUAGUAUUUAAACUAUCUAUGUUUACAUUUGAUGCGGCCGGCUUAUGCUUUUAUUUACAUUCUUCUACUGCUGAUGACAUUUUUCUAUUUAAGAGUUUAUUUGUAUAAUAUGCAAUUUGAUUUAAUU